AUGCUGCGAAGGCCGGCCACUUGCGACAUUGAGGACAUGACCCGCAAGCUGCGCUCUGAAGUGGAGACCCAGCCAGGGUCGGACGGGACAGUUGUGCACAUGCAGGUCGACAACGAGCCGGCAGCGGAGACCCCAAAGGAGUCUGUGCCGGCAGGUGUGCCAGCCGAGACCUCGACAAAGGAGUCAGUGCCGGCAGGUGUGCCAGUGGAGACUUCGACAAAGGAGUCAGUGCCAGCAGGUGCCGAGGAGACCUCGACGGAGGAGUCAGUACCAACAGGUGCCGUGGAGACGACAAAGGAGUCAGUACCAGCAGGUGGCGUGGAGACGACAAAGGAGUCAGAGCCAGCAGGUGCCGUGGAGACGACAAAGGAGUCAGUACCAGCAGGUGCCGUGGAGACCUCGACGAAGGAGUCAGUGCCGGCAGGUGUGCCAGCCGAGACCUCGACAAAGGAGUCAGUGCCGGCAGGUGUGCCAGUGGAGACUUCGACAAAGGAGUCAGUGCCAGCAGGUGCCGAGGAGACCUCGACAAAGGAAUCAGUGCCAGCAGGUGUCAAAGUGGAGACCUGUGCACCAGCAGGUGCCGUGCAGCCCCUGAAAGCCGUGAAGAAGGAGCCAGGUGUGAAGCCAGACCGGCAGAACGAGUCCGAAGAGGAUCGCAGAACCCGAGAGGCCCACAACUCCUACAUGCGGUACUAUCGCAGCUUGCGCUCACCCAAUUGUCCGCCGGAGGUGCGGGCGAAGGCUCUUUUGCCGAACGGGCAGAAGCGGUCCACCUCAGUUAUGCAUGGAGUUGCUAUCGCGGAUGACAUUCGUGCUUCGAAGAAAGCCAUGGACCCCAGCGGCCAAGGCCGUUGGUGGAAGGUGCAUCCCGACCAGCCGAAGAACGAGGACUGGGAGCUUUACAAGUGCUUCGACUCCCGAGAGGAGGUUUCGGAGUCCGAGGAUGAACUCCAGUUUGGGGUACAUGCCGACGUUGGCUUGGACCAUGAGGGUACCGCGGGUGUGUUGUGGCUUGCCUUUACCUGGGACUUAAAUUUAAGUGCCGCCCUCCCGAAUCCGAACAAUGCGACGAACCAUCUGCAGAACCCGAAGCCGAAGCGAACCGCGAAGGCAAAGUCGGCAAAGCCUGCACCGCAAGAGGCUGUGGACUUGCUGGCGAAGGGCACGCAGCGCAUCAUCGAGGCAGACGGCAUGGAGAACAUGCUGCGCACCGGCGGCAUGGGCGAUGCAUUUGCAAAAGCUAUGGUUGCCGACAUGCAAUCUGACAUCAAUAAGAUGAAGCAGCACCACGCGCGACUUCAGCAAGCGGCUACGGACAAGGUGGGUGACAAGGAGAUGGAGAAGUUGAAUGAGCAGCUCAAAGCGAGCUAUGCCGUGUACGAUGAGAAGAUGAAAUCGGUCAAGCGUGCACUUCGUCCGGCCCCGAAAGCAAAGGCCAAAGGAAAGGCCCAGGCCAAAGCAGCUGCCUGA